CAGUGGCUCGCUCCGCUGCGCAGCGUCCGUCUCCACAGCCUCUCCACAGCCGAGACGCGCCACCGCCGCGGUCCACGCAGCAGGCAUGACACACUGGCAGCAGUAGUAGUAGUAGUAGUGCGCCUCCGUCCGCCCGCUUUCUGCCACAUUACCGGGGAGAACAAGACACAGGAGAGAGGAAGAGAGUGAAGCCACUCGUCUCCUUCCAGCCCUGCCGUGCGUCGAGAAGAGUAGAUGAGUCAAUGGCCGGGGCACAGCCUGGAGUUCAUGCGCUGCAGCUCAAGCCGGUGUCCGUGCCCGAGUGCCUCCGAAGGGGCAGUAAAUUUAUGAAAUGGGAUGAUGACUCUACCGCCGUGACCCCAGUGACUCUAACAGUUGAUCCAAAAGGCUACUUCCUGUAUUGGACUGACCAGAACAAGGAGACGGACCUCCUGGAUAUAGCGUACAUAAAAGAUGCCAGGAAUGGAAAGUGCACUAAAACACCCAAGGAUGCGAAGCUGCGCGAGCUGCUGGACGUCAGCUCGCUGGCGGGGAAGAUGGAGAACAGGAUGCUGACGGUGGUGAGCGGCACCGACAUGGUCAACAUCACCUACCUGAACUUCAUGGCCUUCCAGGAGGAAAUCGCAAAGGAAUGGGCAGAAGAGCUGUUCAAGCUGGCAUCCAACCUCCUGAUGCAGAACAUGUCCAAAGAGGCCAGCCUCGAAAAAGCCUACACUCGGCUCAAGUUGCAGCUCAACCCCGAGGGACGGAUCCCUGUCAAGAAUAUCUUCAGGAUGUUCUCGGCAGAUAGGAAGCGAGUGGAGACAGCACUGGAAAACUGUAACCUCCCUUCUGGCAGAAGUGACUCCUUCCCUCCAGAGGACUUUACUCCAGAGGUUUACAGCAUGUUCCUGAACAACAUCUGCCCUCGACCUGAGCUGGACAACAUCUUCUCUGAAGUCGGGGCAAAGAGUCGACCGUACCUCUCGGUGGAGCAGAUGACAGACUUCAUCAACAACAAACAGCGAGACCCUCGUCUGAACGAGAUCCUCUACCCUCCUCUCAAACCGGAGCAGGUUCAGCUGCUGGUGGACAAAUAUGAACCCAAUACGUCACUGGCACAGAAAGGUCAGAUCUCGAUGGAGGGCUUCGCCAGGUAUCUCAACGGGGAGGAAAACUGCAUCAUUCCUCCCGAGAAGCUGGACCAGAGUGAAGACAUGACCCUUCCCCUCCCCCACUAUUUCAUCAACUCCUCACACAACACAUACCUCACAGCCGGCCAGCUUGCUGGGAACUCUUCGGUGGAGAUGUACAAGCAGGUCCUCCUGUCUGGGUGCCGCUGCAUCGAGCUGGACUGCUGGAAGGGUCGCACCACAGAAGAAGAGCCCGUCAUCACUCAUGGGUUCACCAUGACAACCGAAAUCUCUUUCAAGGAAGUGAUCGAAGCUAUCGCAGAGUGUGCCUUCAAGACCUCGCCUUUCCCGGUCAUCCUGUCCUUUGAGAACCACGUGGACUCACCGAAGCAGCAGGCUAAGAUGGCUGAGUACUGCCGGUCAAUAUUUGGAGACGCAUUACUGACAGAAUCUCUGGAGAAAUAUCCUCUGGAAUCUAGUGUGCCACUGCCCAGCCCGACGGAGCUGAUUGGGAAGAUCUUGAUUAAGAACAAGAAGAAACACCAUAAGAAGGACGGAAGCACCAAGAAAAAGCUCUCCGAGCAGGUGUCGAACACCUACAGUGACUCUUCCAGUGUGUGUGAGCCCUCCUCCCCAAGUGCGGGUUCAACCAAAGAGGAGGUGGCAGAUUCCUCGCAGCCCUCCGACGGUGCUGAGCUGAGCCUGAGGCCGCAGGGCAGAAAGUCUAUUGGUGAGGUGGAGGCUGAAAGCGACGAUGACGACGAUGAUGAUGAUGACUGUAAAAAGGGUUCAAUGGAUGAGGGCACGGCUGGCAGCGAGGCAUUCGCCACAGAGGAGAUGUCCAACUUGGUCAUCUACAUCCAACCUGUCAAGUUCAACAGCUUUGAGGCUUCUAAAAAGAUCAAUCGCAGUUUCCAGAUGUCGUCCUUCGUGGAGACAAAAGCUUUGGAGCAACUGACCAAGUCUCCCGUGGAGUUUGUGGAAUACAACAAGCUGCAGCUGAGUAGGAUCUACCCGAAAGGCACUCGAGUGGAUUCGUCCAACUACAACCCUCAGCUCUUCUGGAACGCCGGCUGUCAGCUCGUAGCUCUGAACUUCCAGACCAUCGAUCUAUCGAUGCAGCUGAACCUGGGCAUGUACGAGUACAACGGGAAAUGUGGCUACAGGCUGAAACCGGAGUUCAUGAGACGGCCGGAUAAGCACUUUGAUCCUUUUACCGAGAGCACAGUAGACGGGAUCGUGGCCAACACGCUGUCGGUUAAGAUUAUCUCGGGUCAGUUCCUGUCAGAUAAAAAAGUAGGUACGUACGUGGAGAUUGACAUGUUCGGCCUGCCGGUAGACACCAAGAGGAAAGCCUUCAAGACCAAGACGUCUCAGGGCAACGCCAUCAACCCUGUCUGGGAUGAGGAGGCCAUCGUUUUCAAGAAGGUUGUCCUUCCCACGCUAGCUUCACUCAGGAUAGCCGUGUUUGAAGAAGGAGGGAAGUGUAUCGGCAACCGAAUCAUUCCUGUUUCUGCCAUCCGUCCAGGCUAUCACUACAUCAGUCUAAGAAAUGAGAAGAACCAGUCGCUGACGUUACCCGCCCUGUUUGUGUACGUGGAAGUAAAGGACUAUGUUCCUGACACGUUUGCAGACGUCAUCGAAGCCUUGUCCAAUCCCAUCCGCUACGUCAACCUGAUGGAGCAGAGAGCCAACCAGCUGGCUGCUCUCACUCUAGAGGAGGGGGGAGAGGAGGAGGUGGAUAAAGAGGUGGAAGCAGGAAGUGACGCUCCAUCAGAGUCUAAAGUGGACCAGAGGGCAGCGUUGCCUGCGGAGAACGGACUGAGCCACACGCCCAUCAUCGCCCCCAAGCCGCCCUCACUGGUCGGCCACCAGCCUCAGUCUGCAGGGUCAUUGAAACCGUCAGUGAAGACUGAAGACAUCAUACAGAGUGUUCUCACCGAGCUGGAGGCUCAGACUGUCGAGGAGCUGAAGCAGCAGAAGGGCUUCGUCCGGGAGCAGCGGAAGCAGUACAAGGAGAUGAAGGAUCUGGUUCGGAAACACCACCGCAAGACCAGCGAGCUGAUCAAGGAGCACACGGCUCGCGUAUCCGAGCUGCAGAGUCAGCAGCAGCGCCGGCGCAGCGCCCUGCAGAAGAGCCACAAACGAGAUGGUAAGAAAAGCCGCUCAGAACAAUCCCUGUCGACGCUGGACCGGGACCUGCUGGAGCUGGACCAGGAGUGCGGCCAGAGGCUGGCGGAGCUGAAGGAGCAGCAGCAGCAGCAGCUCCUCACCCUUCGCCAGGAGCAGUACUACAGCGAGAAAUACCAGAAGCGGGAGCACAUAAAGCAGCUGGUUGAGAAGCUCACGAGUAUCACAGAGGAGUGCCAGAGUGCUCAACUCAAAAAGAUGAGGGACAUCUGUGAGAAAGAGAAGAAGGACCUGAAGAAGAAAAUGGACAAGAAAAGGCAAGAGAAGAUCAAUGAGGCCAAAUCUAAAGACAAGAAUGUAACGGAGGAGGAGAAGUUGGAGAUCAACAGAUCAUUUGUCAAUGAGGUGGUGCAGUAUAUCAAACGACUGGAGGAUGCACAGAGUAAGAGACAGCAGAGGCUGCUGGAGAAGCACAAGGACAUUCGGCAACAGAUCAUGGAUGAAAGGCCAAAGCUCCAGGGGGAUCUGGACCAGGAGUACCAGGACAAGUUCCGCCGGCUACCCGUGGAGAUCCAAGAGUUUGUUCAGGACAGCAGCAAGGCCAAGCUCAACGACGACGGCAUCCACGGGAACCUCGUUGCGUCCUCGACAUCGGAGAAGAUCAACCACAAGGCGUCUCAGUCGGAGGACGACAUGGAGGAGGGCUCGUCGGAACAAGUCUACGACACGGCUCUUUAGAGAUUUAACCUGUACUUCACACUGGGGACACUAUUUGGUGGAUGUGGUUGACCCUAGGAUGAUUCUAGGAUGUGACUGCCCCACCAUUGGUCCAAAUUUGUAACCAUCGGGAGGAUUAGAUCAAAUCUGAGCUGGAAAUGGUGAGUGGCAUCUUGUCCAGAGAACUGUUUUUCGUGUAAAAUAUAUUUUAUUUUUUUGUGUGUGUAUUUGUACUGUCCCUGUAUGUUGUCGUCUCUUUCGGUACAGCCACAGGAUGUGUUACACGACACUAAUUAUUUGCAGGAAAAAGACUUACUUGAACUAUUGCACAGAGAUUAGUUUCUUUUAAUCAUUAAAUUUUCCCAUUGAUGUGGUUAGAGAGGCGAUUUUCAGUGAAGUCAACAUGCACUGUAAAGGAACUCCUUCAUAUUCAGCCUUUAAAGCCUCCAUCUUUACAUGUUUGCACUGACGGCUCGCUACAGAUAGAUAUGUGUCUUUUAUUUUAACCCAGGGGCACUGGUGGCUUCCUGGUUCUUCAUUUUGUUCUCACAGAACUAAACCUAUGUGUUGC